AUGUUAUCUAAUGUUGCCGAGUCUUACAAUAAUUGGAUUGGUAGGGCCCGUAAGUUGCCUAUUACUUGUAUGGUUGAUAUAAUUAGGAUUCAAAUCAUAACUCAAUUGUUUAAUAGAAGUGCUGAAUCUAAAAGAUGGACUACCAAAUUUUGUCCAGUUAUGAAAAAGAAGUUGGUGGACUCUUUGAAGCUAGCUAAGUCUUUGGAUGUGAUUGUUGCUAGUAAUACUGUGCUUGAGAUUCAUUCUUCUACUUCUUUUUAUAUUGAUAUUGGUAGACGGACUUGUUCUUGCCAUGAAUGGCAAUUGAAUGGUUUUCCUUGUUGUCAUGUUGUGCAUGCUUUACGUAGUAGUGGUAGAGAUGUGUAUGAUUUCAUUGAUCCUUUUUUUCAUGUGGAUUGUUUUAGAAAGUCGUACAAGGAAUCUGUUUAUCUAGUGCCUUUAAGUGAGAGAUUUGAUUUUGAUAGUGUCGGUAGUUCGAUUAUCAAACCUCCUAUAACGAAGAAGCAGCCCAGGCGGAACAAGAAGAAGAUGAUACCUUCUAGGGGUGAGAAUGUGAAGCAAAUCAAGUGUGAGAGGUGCUUGAAAUAUGGGAAUCACAAUAAAAAGACGUGCAAAGCUGCUAUUUGA